AUGUCCCGCAACAUCAACGACUUUGUCGAUCUGUGCGCCUUUGAGGACUAUCUCACUGCCCAGGAGCGUCUGCUGCCCGUCCUGCCCGAGGUCGAGCAGUUGACCGAGCGAGUCAUCAGAAUCCUCGCCGACAAUCCCGGCAAGAUGCAACUCCAAGGAACCAACACGUACAUCGUGGGCACCGGCCAAGCCCGGCUGCUGAUCGACACGGGCGAGGGCAAGCCACGCUGGGCAGAGACGAUCAUCUCCCAGGCCGAGACGAGGCAGAUCUCCUUCAGCGCCGUGCUGCUGACGCACUGGCACGGCGACCACACGGGAGGCGUGUCCGAUCUGCUCGCCCGAUGGCCAACCCUGCAGGGGCGCAUCUUCAAGAACCAGCCGGACCGCGGCCAGGAGGCCAUCACCGACGGCCAGACGUUCGCCGUCGAGGGCGCCACGGUGCGCGCCGUGCACACGCCCGGCCACUCGACCGACCACAUGUGCUUCGUGCUCGAGGAAGACGACGCCCUCUUCACCGGCGACAACCUGCUCGGCCACGGCACCACCGCCGUCGAGGAUCUCGCCGCCUACAUGGCCACUCUGGCACGCAUGCAGGGGCUGGCCUGUCGUCGCGGCUAUCCCGGCCACGGCGCCCUCCUCCACGACCUCCGUCUCAAGCUGCAGCUCGAGCUGGGUUUGAAACAUCGUCGCGAGCGCCAGAUCCAGGCCGCCCUCGUCGCCGCGGGCAGAGCCACCCCGGCCCAGCUCGUCGGCGCCGUCUUUGGCCUCCUGCCCGCGCCCGUCGUCGAGUCCGUCUUCCAGCCCUUCAUGACCCAGCUGCUCCUCAAGCUGGCCGGCGAGAAUCGCGUCGCCUUUGAGUUCCGGGGGGGGGAGAAGCUCUGGUUCAAGCGUUGA